UGUUUUUUUAACGACUCACUGAAUCAAAAAAAAAAGAGGAGACAAUGGUGGGAUUUUGGAGUCCUCACUUGACAGCUACUUCAGUGAAAGAAGGACCUGUUUUCAGCUUCAGUUCAUCUGAUAUUUCUAGGGAACCUUUUUCUUUAACUGCACCCGAACUGCAAUGGGUAGAAGUGAAUCUGGACAUUGAGCAGGAAGUGGGUCACUUAUUGCGUCUUUUGAACAACCACUAUGUGAAAGAUCGGGCAUCUGUACUUUGUUAUCGCCUUUCUUCUGCGUUUUUGAGAUGGGUUUUACGUGUUCCUGGCUGGAAAAAGGAGUAUCUUGUUGGCGUAGAGGACAAGAACGCUCGUAAGUUGAUUGCGUUUGUUAGUGGAACUCCUUUGACUGUUUUUUGCAAAGAAAGAACCUUUUCCAUGAUUGUAGUGAAUUUUCUUUGUAUUCACGAGCAGUUUCGAGGUCAAGGACUAGCCCCUAUUGUUAUAGAUGAGUUAUCGAGGAGAGCAGCUAUUGAUGGCAUUUUUCAAGCUGUUUUCACAUCUUCUUACACAAAAAUGUUUCGUUCCUUGUCCACUGCUCUUCACUACCACCGUUUUCUGAACGUGCCCAAUCUAGUUAAGGCUGGGUUUUGUCGAGGGCCUCGGAUAGAAAGAUAUUUUCAUGUAGCUUCUUAUCAAAGUUAUCAAUGGGGGCCUUUGGCAGUUGUGGACGUAAAUUCUGUUUUUGAGCUGUUAAAUUCUUUUUUUUCGCGCGAAAAGCUGUUUUAUCCCAAAUUUUCUCGAAACCAGUUUUGUCACUUGUUCCUUCCCAGACAAGGUAUUGCGCAUUCUUUUGUAGCUCGAACUGAGAAGGGAGGUGGAAUUGUUGCUUUUUCUAGUUUUUACGAGGUGUUGCUGGCAAGUUCAAACGGGACGGUGAAAAUGGCGAAGGAACUUUAUUCUGGUUGCCUUCCUUCCAUUUCCUUGGAAGCAGUCAGAAAAGACAUGGUAGUUGAAGCGAAAAAGCGCCAGAUGGAUGUUUACACUUUGUUAGGAGACCAAACUCAAACCGAGCAAAUGAAAGAAAUUCGAACGGUUCAAGGGACUGGUUUUCUGUCCUAUUUUCUGUUCAACUGGAGGACCGAGUGCAUUCCAUUUAAUCAGAUAGCGUUUACCGUUCCUUGAACUACCCGCUUGAUGUCUUUAU